AUGGAUGUCGGCACCGGCUUCCACGAGCACCGCCUUCGCAUCUUCAGCGUAUUUGCCGAAGAGCGGGGUCUCCCCGCGGGCGUUGCGGGCGUUGGGGCGCAACACCCGGCCGUCCGCUACGAGCUCUUCUUCACCGACCGCCGCGUCGACCUGCUGCGCGAGGGCGUCGACGUCGCCUUCCGCGUCACCAGCAAGCCGCCCGAGGCCUGGGUAGCCCAGCCGGUGCUGAAGUUCGACGUCCGCGCCUACGGUCUGGACGCACACCCGACGCUGCCCAGCCCCCAUGACAUGGCCACGGCGCCCGUGCUGUUGCUGGGGCAGAGCGAAGAGCCCGUCGCCAGCCAAUGGCAGCACGACGACGGCCGCCGCGAGGAAGUCUCGGUGCAAGCCUCCGCCUGGGGCAGCGACCUGGACGGCCUGAUCGCCCUCGCCCGCCACGGCGCCGGCCUCGUCAUCGCGCCGGACUUCUGUGUCGAGCCGCUGCCGUCUCUGCAGGCCCUGUCGACGUCACCCGACGCUGCGCCGGCACCUUCGCUUCGCAACGUGCUGCCUGGCUGGCGGCUGCUGGUCGGCUUCGACACCGUGCAAGCCCUCACGCUGCCACUGCCCGCCGGCUCGGAGACCGCACGGGCGCUGGUCCGGUUCGUGCGCGACACGCUGCGGGUGGAACGCUAG